UGUCAUUGUAGUUCUGAAAGAUUUGUCAUAUUAUGUCAUAAUUUUUUAGCAGCUGAUCCUAGGACAAAAAUUGGAACAUUUUUGAGAAGAUUAUUGGGAAUUAUUAUAAUAUUAUAUUUCUAUGAUGUUGAAAACUUUGGAAGUAUUCGGAAAAUUAGUGGGACGGUUUGCAGGGAUUCGUUCCCUACAUUCUACAACUUCCCUCAAUCACGAUAGUUUAUUUGUACAUAGAGAUACCCCAGAAAAUAAUCCAGACGUCAAAUUUGAAUUCAGUCCUGAAAACAAAAAGAGAGUCGAUGCUAUCCUUGCUAUUUAUCCAGAAGGUCAUAAACGGGCCGCUAUGAUCCCUCUUCUGGAUUUAGCUCAAAGGCAGUUUGGAUGGCUUCCCCUAUCUGCUAUGCACAAAGUUGCUGAAAUUUUAAAUUUACCUAAAAUGAGGGUUUAUGAAGUAGCUACAUUUUACACUAUGUUCAUGAGGAACCCAACUGGUAAAUAUCAUGUACAAGUUUGUACCACGACUCCAUGUUGGCUUAGGGGCUCCGAUGAAAUAUUGGAUGCUUGUAAACAAAAUUUAGGUAUUGGGGUUGGAGAAACAUCCAAAGAUAUGAUGUUCACUAUUUCUGAAGUUGAGUGUCUGGGAGCUUGUGUUAAUGCACCAAUGAUACAAAUAAAUGAUGACUAUUAUGAAGAUUUGACAGUGAAUGAUACAAAUGAAAUUUUGAAUGACUUGAAGGCUGGCAAAAAACCAAAGGCUGGACCAAGAAGUGGAAGAUUCGCUUCAGAACCUCAUGGUGAACCAACUUCUCUCAAGGGAGAUCCACCAGGCCCUGGAUUUGGUGUACGUUCUGAUUUGUAAAUUUAUUGUUGUUAUUAAAGCACCAGAUUAAAAAUUAUAUUUAUUAUUUCAA